GUGUGUGUUCAGUAGUUGAAACGGUGUAUUCUUAUAUGAACUUACCAGUGAACACUUUUCCCGAAUCCCAUCAAUAGGAGAAAGAUGUCUGUGUUUAUGGAUUUAAACAUCAUCAAUAGUAGUGAUAAGAACAGACUGAAACACAUCAUAGAGACAGCUGCUCACCUUGGCUACUCAACGGUUGCAAUAAACUAUGUAGUUGAGCCACUACAGAAGAAACAGGAAAUUCCUAACCCACAGAGUAUUUCAGACUUAUUUGAUAAAUUUCCAGUUGUCCAGGGCAAAUCUUCUCCAAUCAAAGUGCUAAAUCGAUUGACCAUUGUGGCAUCUGAUGCAUCACAUUUUAGACCUACUAAUGAAUACAAAAAAUUUGACCUUGUGGCGGUGUACCCCAAAACUGAAAAGCUCUUUCAUGCAGCCUGCAUGACUUUUGAUGUUGACAUUAUCUGCAUUGCAGUGACGGAAAAACAGCCCUUCCAUUUUAAAAGGGCUCCAGUUAAUGGGGCUAUUGACAGGGGGAUUUUCUUUGAGACUUGUUAUGCAGCAGCAAUCAGAGACUCCAUUACAAGGAGAUACACCAUUGCCAAUGCAAUCUGCCUAAUGGAAAUUUGCAAAGGAAAAAAUGUCAUAGUGUCCAGUGGAGCAGAAAGGCAACUUGAACUGAGGGGCCCAUAUGACAUUGCCAAUUUGGGGCUUGUUUUCAGCUUGUCUGAGGGGGACGCUAAAGCUGCUGUGUCAACUAACUGUCGAUCUGUCUUGCUACAUGGAGAAACUAGAGCAACUGCAUCUGGUGUUAUUCACACCAUGAAGAAACCACAAAUUCUCCAGAAGGAAGAAGAGGAAACUCCGGCUGCCAAAAAAGCCAGAACUGAACUAGCCUAAAUAGCAUUUCAGCUAGAGUUUUUACUAAAUCCUGUUUGUUUUUUCAAAUAUAUCAUAAUGUAAAACUUUUUUGUUACUUCUCAAAGUCUUGCAAAUCACUUUAAAAAAUGAAAGAUGACGCAGAUGUGUUAAAAAUGUAUUUUAUUAGUUAAGGUUUAAUGGAAUUGCAAGCAAAAUUUACAUAUAAUAGUACAAAAAUUCUUAUGUCAUAUUCUGUACAGACGUCAUGCACAAAAAGCACAUUCUGUAAUAAAGUUUUGGAAUAUCAAA